AUGCUCUCGAUAGAAGAAGAUAUUGAUCUUAAAUUACAUCGCUUGUGGGAAAUCGAUGAAGUUCAAUCUGGCUCAAAUGAUUUGACACCAGAACAAUCUGAAUGUGAAACAUUUUUCAAUGAUACUGUUCAUCGUGAAUCUUCUGGUAGGAUUGUUGUUAAAUUGCCCUUCAAGGAAUCUCCUGACGCUUUAGGUCUUUCUCGAAAUAUGGCUCUUAAAAGAUUUGUAUCUCAAGAGAGACGAUUUGCUCGUGACAGCAAUCUUAAAUCACAAUAUGUUGCUUUUAUGAAGGAGUAUGAAGAUUUUGGACAUAUGAGUCUACAACAUUCAUCUACUUUGUCAGUUUUUGUUGGCAAUAGGGUAUCAGAAAUUCAAGAUCUAACUAAUGGCUGCGUUUGGCGACAUGUCCCAACCCAGUUCAACCCUGCUGACAUCGUUUCUCGUGGUUCAACUGUGCAGGAACUCGCCUCAUCCAUCUGGUUCAACGGACCAGCAUUUCUCGCUCUCGAUCCUGUUCAGUGGCUCCCUACUAAAACUGAUAAACUCUCCGAAGAAAAUCAGCAAGUAUUCGACAAAGAAAAACGGAAAACCGUACUUCAUCUUGAAACAAAAUCUAACUACAUCCUCGAUUCUUAUGGAAAAUAUAGCUCGUACUUAAAAAUCAUUCGUAUUAUUGCCUGGAUGUUUCGUUUUGCUCAAAAAACAAAAACUAAUAUUUCCAAUUCUGACUCUUUGCAGCCCCAAGAAAUAGAAAAUGCUAAACUUUGUAUCGUUUUCAACAUCCAGAAACUACAUUUUCAAGAUGACAUAACUCGAGCUCUAAAGAAGAAAGAUCCCCAAGGUGCUCUAAAGUGUCUGAACCCCUUCCUAGAUUCGUCAAAUGGUUUCAACUUGCUCAAGGUCGGCGGACGCUUGGAGUACGCGGCAAUUUCUGAAGGCCAAAAACACCCCACAAUCUUGCCCAGCAAAUGCCAUUUCGUCUACUGUUACGUACGUCAUCUGCACAUCAGUAACUACCACGCUGGACCCAAGGCUCUAAUGUCAUUGAUUCGCCAACAAUUUUGGAUCAUCAACUCCAGGAAUUUGUGUCGCAGCAUUGUAAAUUCGUGCCCUCAAUGCAUUCGCUAUCGCCCAAAGUUGUUGCAACAAAUGAUGAGAAAUUUGCCUGUGGAACGACUCAACCCGUCAAGGCCCUUCGCAAGGUGUGCUGUCGAUUUUUGUGGUCCAGUCAACACCUACCUAAGAAUUAGAGGAAAGGUCCCCUACAAGACAUACAUCGCUAUAUUUGUUUGUCUCGCUACCAAAGCUGUCCAUAUUGAAGUGGUAUCCGACCUGUCAACAGAUGCCUUCAUUGCUGCCCUAAAACGGAUGAUUGGUCGUAGAGGUCUGCCCACAGAUAUAUUCUGUGAUAAUGCAACAAAUUUCGUUGGUGCAAACUCUAAGUUGGCUCAAUUAAAGUCGUUCCUUUUUGAGCCAAAAAAUUCAAAUUUUAUUACAAAUUAUUGCUCGAAUCAAUUUAUUAAUUUUCGAUUUAUUCCCCCUAGGGCACCACAUUUUGGCGGAUUGUGGGAGGCGGCCGUCAAAUCGGCCAAAGGUCACUUAACCAGAACCCUGGACAACACAAGGCUCACCUACGAAGAACUCGCAACGGCUAUGAUUGAGAUAGAGGCAGUUUUAAACUCGAGGCCCAUUUCGCCUCUAUCCUCAGAUCCCAGUGAUUUUGAAGCUCUUACACCAGGACACUUCUUGAUAGGCGCUCCCCUCCGUAGUUUGCCAGAACGUGAUGUCCCUACAAAUGAGAUUAACAAACUUGAAUAUUGGGCCCGAAUAAGCGCCAUCAAGCAACAAUUCUGGAAAAAGUGGUCCCAUGAUUAUAUAAAUGAGCUCCAGACUCGCAUCAAAUGGACUAGCACCAACUCUAAUAUUACCCCUGGUUCCCUAGUCAUCAUCAAAGAAGAUAAUUUACCCCCGCAGCGUUGGCUCAUGGGUAAAAUCAUCAACAUUGUUCGUGGAAGAGAUGAUCGUGUUCGAGUUGUCGACAUCAAAACUACAAAAGGAGUUAUACGUCGCCCUAUCCACAGACUGGCUCUUCUAUCUUCUUGAAAGUGUCCUUUCAAUGGGGCCGGAAUGUUAGGUCACCGUAUAAUAAUUACUAACAUUAUUAUUUUGUUUUGUUUAAAUUUUCCAUUUUUUAUUGUAUUUAAAUUUAUUCAUAUUUUUGG